GCGCCGGCCUCCGCUCGGCGCUUCCUGUGAGGUCAGGCGGGAGGAAGCGGCCAGCGAGCGGCCGGGAGUGGACAGCGCCGGGCUGGGGAGCCGCGCCCGCAGGUGGAGGCGCCUCCAGCCGCAGGUUCCAGUUCGGUGAGGGGGAAGGUGCCAGCCCUGCCGGGGGACCCAGGGUUCCAGGAAGAUGGUGCGGAUCUUGGCCAAUGGGGAAAUCGUGCAGGAUGAUGACCCGCGGGUGAGGGCCACCCAGCAGGCCCGCAGCAGCGCCCCUGGGCAGAGCUUUCUCAACAGGGGCCACGGCACCCCCCUGGGGGGUCCUGGGACCCGCCAGCAGCAGGCUGCUGCCCGGCUGGGGGCGGCCCAGUCCCCUUUCCACGACCUCAACCGGCAGCUGGUGACCCUGGGCUUCCCGCAGUGGUACCUGGGCAACCACGCCGUGGAGCCCGUCAUGUCCCUCCUGCUGCUCUUCCUGCUGGUGAUGCUCGGGGCGCGGGGCCUGCUGCUGGCGGGCCUCGUGUACCUGCUGGCCCACCUCAGCCAGCGGUGACCGCGGUGGCCAGAGGGAGCU